AUGGCAAACAACAGAGCAGCGAAAUCUGGAUUUGCCGCUGAGGCUCAAAGAAAGAUAAACAGCAAGUACAGCGAAGAGUUGGCAGAAGAAUGCUUGGACUGGAUCAAAGUAAUCACCGGCGAAGAUAUCAACACUUCAGGGGAUAUGGACAACUUCUAUGAGAUACUUAAAGAUGGAACUCUCCUUUGCAAGCUUGCGAAUCAUAUAAAACCGGGCCAAGUGAAGAAAAUCAAUGAAUCCAAAAUGGCGUUCAAGUGCAUGGAAAACAUCAACGCUUUCCUUGAAGCGGCCAAGCAGUUUGGUGUGCCCGCGCAGGAGACAUUCCAGACUGUCGAUCUAUGGGAGAGACAGAAUCUCAACUCUGUAGUCAUUUGUUUACAAUCGCUGGGAAGAAAAGCCCAUAACUACGGCAUGCCGUCGAUAGGACCGAAAGAAGCUGAGAAAAAUGUCCGUAACUUCACUGAAGAACAACUCCGUGCCGGCCAAGGCGUAAUUUCACUACAAUACGGUUCCAACAAGGGCGCUACCCAGAGCGGUAUCAACUUUGGAAACACUAGACAUAUGUAA